UAAAUUAAUUACGCUCGUAUUGAAAGCUAAAUACCUACGCUUAAACCAAAAUAAAUUGUUUGGGAGUUUCUUAUCUUGCAAAGCUGGGUGUAUUUUAUUAUUUAUUUCCUUAUCACCGGCUUGAAUGAAUUCGUGUUUGGCGUGUUUGUAAAUAAACAAGAAUCAUAUCGCGGCCCAGCUUGGAGCAAGUUGUAGCUAUCGUAGAUUUUAUGGAGCAACAUCCAGUGUUGGGAUUGGGACAACUAAGAGGUCUUGAGGGCAGGCAUGAAAGCAAAAAGCUGUGGCUUCAACUUACAAGAGUUGUGAAUAAUAUUAAAGGUCCUACUCGACCUAUGAAAUCUUGGGUAAAGUACUGGGCUGAUAAAAAGUCAACAGUCAGGUCGAAGGUGUUAUCAGCAGGUGGAGAUCCCAAUAUUUUGUGUUCUAACAUCGAGAAGAAAAUAUGGGAUUUGUUUUUAGCCAAUGAUGGAGGAAAUAAGUCGCGUAACUCAGUUAAAGUUGAAUCUCAUUAUUCUGAAGACAACUUCUUCAAUGAAGACAGCAUAGAAGAAAAUCAUGUGGAUGAAACAGCAAUCAGCUUUGAUGAGCCAACCAUUGGUCCUAUAGAUGUUGAAGAAAGACAAAUAUUGAUUAUGGAGAAACUGGUAAAAGUAAUGGACAAGCAAGCAACAGCGAUGUCACAACUAGCUCACGCGUCACAGGUUUCGUCGCAAGCUAUGGAACGAUUGGCAGAAGCUUCUCAUAUUCAGUCCCGUGCAAUAGAGCGGCUAGCGAGUACAUUCGAAACGAUAGGAUCCACCGCACAUGAUAUAAGCACAUCAAUAAUUGAUAUCGACGCUACUAUGAAGAGGUUCUAUAACACGUCACCCACUUAGCACAGGUAUUUGUAAGUUGUGGUAUUACUAGUUAUUGCCCGCGGCUUUGUCUGUGUGGUAAAGGAAAUUCCAAUGGGAUUUUAAAAGCGUCUUAUAUUAUGUGGAAAUUCCUAUGGGAAUAUGUUUUAUUGUGCUAACAAUGUACCCUAUAGAAAUCUGUUGCCUUCUUACUAUCACCAGAUAAAAAACAUCAUGACUUUAAAUCGCUCUGUUGCGAUAUGACAGAUAGACAUAUAUAUUAUACUUUGGGUAGCGUUUAGCUACUAUUAUGUAUUCUAUGCUUUGGGUAUAGUGAAACGCACAAACCAAAAAUGAUUUAGAGAAAGAAUUAAAAAAUUGACUGUCACAUCACACAAUAUGGUAGUCAUUAAUUAAUUUGUAUAGAAUGUAAAUAUGUUUCUAGUUUUUUUAUUAAUGAGAUAUGAGUUGUAUAUUUAACUUUUUUUAUUUAAAU